AAUGUUCCCCCUCGAAUACGAUCCCUCUGUCGGAGCAGCAACUCGCAUCCUAGAAAGAAGAAUCUCCAUUUCGGUGGUGAAAAUAGUGCCGCCACGAUAUGCAUGUAACAGACAAGAAAGAUGACGGUGCUGGGGAUUUUGGCGCUUCUGCAGUUCGCUUAGAUGUUGUGGGAAGGAAAGCGUCAAGCAAAAGGUAGAGAGGAGAAUACUAUGAACCUCAUCAUUUGGUGGUGGAUAAUCGUGUGCAAGCUGGGGACUGAGCAGACAGCUUCUUGCCUCGAGACAUGCCUGUACCCGCUUCACUUUUGCCGGCGACGCCCAGCGCGAUUCGCUACAUGGUUCGCUCAUCGGGUGAGUGCGGUCAUGCAACGGGUUUUGGUUAACACCGACAGACACACUAUUCUGAUGAUUUUUGAGAAGUACUUUUCUGAGAAAGUUGAAAAGAAAAUGAAUUUUGCCUCCUGUCACUCGGGUCCCUUGUGUUGAUGGAGUUGGAAAUUGAGACGGUUGACUUCUACUGUCUUCAGCCCUACCGGUACGGCUGGUAGUCCACGGCGGCUGCUUCGCCUUUCCCAUCGAAUUGGUUUGUGGAUUUCGGUGGUUUCACCGAGUUUCGCGCCGGUGAAAGAGACAGAGCAGAGCGAGUGUACGAAAUCUGUCCCUUCGCGUUCUGAGAUUGUUACUCAUGUCUUGCAAGCUUGUGGUGAUGUCCUUAUGACUUUUCUAAGCGUGCCACGCGCCAAGAUCACGGUGGUGAUGCAGUGACCGCGUUUCCACAUUGUUCAGACACUUGUUCUUGCACCGCUAAACUCGCUUCCGGGGUGUCAUUCGCGUGUUUAACUUCAGCGUAGAAUUUUGUUUUCAACUGGUCUCAAACCCAAGAACAUGGGACUCCAUUCACCACGGUUACCUGACGAUCCUGUCGUCACAGUCCUUCGGCGGCACAGCCGCGAAAUGUGGAUGGCAUCGAUGAUGGAAGCCGAAUCAACUGUUCACGAUGGGAACGAGAAGCAGGGGAACCAAGAAGUGGCAAACAGAGGGGGGAACUCGUCUACCGGUGUUGCAGAAUCCCGGAAAAGUCGACGACCCGGUGGUGCAGUGAAGUCGGGUACCUGUGAACACUCUGAGAAGGUAGAGAAAGGCGACAGCAUGGAGACGAAAGACUUCCAUGCGAGCACUGUGGACAGUCUGUCUUCUAUUGGAGACGUUGACAUAACGAAAGCGCCAAGCUUUGGUUCUUCUGCUUCAAAUCAAGACGACGUAGUGCGCGCCCUAAGGUCUUGGAGUCGAGGUCAGUGGUCGCUGAACGCGCAGGACUCCAUAACUGCCUCAGCUCCUUCUUCAUCGCAAGACAUGCCAAGCAGUCCUGUUCUAGACGAAGAUUCUGUCCUUGACGUCAUCGAGGAGCAUGUGGGAAGUGCCAGGGUUGUAAAAGAUCUUCGUCGGACCGCCGCUAGACCCGCACACACUCAUCGACGCAACUAGAGCGCGGGAACAGUGACUGGGGAAGGAUGUGAUUGUUUCACCUCGGUGCAUGGCGCUGAUGUAACUGUGUUGCGGUGGAGUAUUCUGGAGAAAAUGGAGGCGCGUUCCUCCAGCCGUACUGAACGAAACAUCCUUGAAAGCGGCAAACACCACCUCCAACGGUUCCGAGCAAGAAUGCGAGCAACGAGUUAUGCUUUUGUUCGGAAUUCAGAGCGGCAGAUUUACCUUUUCUUGUUGCCACAAGUGGUUACAAGGUGAAAAUGCAGGAGUUGAUGGUACUUUCUGUCAGGCUGAGGAGGUGUGUCUUGCGGAACGGAUUUGUGCAUACGGCGUUUCUGUCGGGAAGUGGUGCUCUCAGUAAUGAUGUGAUCGCCUGGUCUAACGUAGAGUGAGGAGAAUCGCGUAAUUUUCCUGAUCCUCUAAAACGUCUCGGCAAAGAAUUUGCCACACCAUUUUGGAGAAUGUUUCUGAUUUCUUAGCGAAGGGCUGACAGGUGUUAAGCCCGGCCUUGAUGACUUCAGUUCAUCGGCCUCGCCUGUCGCAUAAGGAAAUAGCAGGACCUGUGUGGUAAAGCACCGUUUGACGUUCUUGUCAAGUCUGCGACAUUUUGAAUGUGUCUGCGAAGGAACGCAUGCUUUUGUGGUGUUACAAAAAGCUCGAGUUCGAUGUUGCCCCAGCGCCGGUUCUCCAAGAUCCAUUACUUUUGCGUGAUGACGGGACAGAGCAGGGCUACAGAAUCCAGUGGAGCUUCGAGCCAUGUGCACGCCAGAGCAGUAUGUUGCAAUCGUGUUCAGGAGUGCCGUUUGAAGAGAGGAACGUAGAGAGUGGCAAAGAGGACCCUACGUACGCAGAACUUCCACCAGUGGGUGUGCGAAUUCUCGUCUGUGAAUGGGUUGUCAGUGCAUGUGCAAUGCCAUUCGCAAAAAAUCCCACGAGUGGAGCUCCGAAAAACUCGCGUACGAAAAGCUGUAUGUGUCGUUUUUCGACUGUGUCGUCGCAAAUCGCCUGUAGUAGAGAACGCUCGAAUGCGUCGUACAUCUCCGUUGUCGCCGCCUUUACAUAGCGGAGUGCCUGUACCUUUUUACGGACGAAAAACAGAAUCGAAACUUUUGUAGGUAGGGUUGCUUUGAGACAAAUUCACAGCCAAAAACCGAUCCAUCUUUCCUAGAGAUGAGAAAUAGCGAAGGAACUUCUACAGUA